GAAUGUAGGCCAACCAAUCAUAUCCUAGCUGGAUACCAAGUCCGGAAGUAACGGGUGGAGCUCCGGAGGGCGAGCGAGUGACUGGAGAAUCCCAAAUCCUUGAUUAGGCCCUGAAUAAGUGCCCUAGACUGCUUGGGGAUCUGAUCAUAUCUAGUGCACUACAUGUGCACAUGUCAGCGGUUUGGGAUGUGGACAGUGACACGCCGAGGAAGCGGAGAUAUUAAAGCUGUUUAUAUCAUUAAUCAUGUUGAAGUGGGCGUGGUCAGGAUGGAGUCUGCUGCGUUACCUGAGUGGGAGAUGAUCCUGUACUGGUUCCUGUCCUUCACCUCUCAUCUCUACUCCUUCUACCAGCUUCACCUGUUCUCUAAAGAACAUGAAGAGAGCUUGGACAGAGAGGUGCAGCUGGACAAGGGCUUCUUCAUCUGGGGCAGUAAAAAGGAUGCCACUGAUUUUGAGUGGAGUUUCUGGAAUGAGUGGGCAUGGCGUUCUCUCCUCUGGUCUCUGAUUGGUCAUGCUGUGGUGUCCCAGCUCUCCAGUGUGUGUGUGCCUCAGUUGAGAAAGGCCGCCCUCACAGUGUACGGUGUCCUCUGUGCCUGGUGGCUCCUUGGCUUGAGGGGCGUGGCCAUUCUAAUGCUUCACCUGAGCAUUUCAUUGGCUGUUGCUCAGUUGCAGAACCCCGCCCUUUCCUGGAUCUGCUCUUUGUUGCUGCUCUCUAUGCUACACAUCAGCAGCGUGCAAGACAUACAGCGAGGCUGGUAUGACUCAGAUGAGCAGUAUUAUCUCCUGAUGUUCAGCAUCGCAAUGUGUGUGUUACGGUGUGUCAGCUUCAGCCUGGAGUUGUGCUGGAGCCCCCUGCAGGACGGAGGAACUAAUCGAUGUUUCUCUUUUCUGAACUUCAGAAAAUUUCUAACACAUCUCUACAACCUUGUCUCUUACUGUUUCUACCAUCCACUGUUCUACAACGGACCCAUCAUUAACUACAACCACUUCAGCCAACAGAUGGAGAGGGCGGUGUGUAAGGUGUCACCAGCAUUGUUGUUAGGCCGAACUUUGCGUGUUUGUGUGUGGUGGUGUGUAGCUGAGCUUAUGAUACACCUAAUGUACAUGCACAGCAUCCAGAACAACGAGACCUACCUCACCAUGCUCCCAUCCUGGGCUCUGGGAGGCCUGGCUCUGGCUCUUGUACAGUUUUUCUAUGUGAAGUAUCUGGUGUUGUUUGGUGUUGCAUCUCUGCUGAUGAAGUUGGAUGGUAUUGAGCCUCCUCCACUACCCCGCUGUGUGAGCACCAUGUACAGCUUCAGAGGGAUGUGGAGGCACUUUGAUGUGGGACUUUACAGAUGGCUCAUCAGGUAUGUGUACUUUCCUUUAGGUGGGUCUCAGCAUGGGCUUUUACAGAAGCUUAUCUCCAUGGCGAUGACGUUUAGCUUUGUGUGUUUGUGGCAUGGUUGCCAUGACUACCUGCAGUGCUGGGCCCUGCUCAACUGGGUGUGUGUGUUCACAGAGAACAGCAUCACACUCUUCCUCUGCUGGCCUCCUCUUCAUCACACCAUUGUAUGUUAUGUGUCUCCGCCCAUGAGGAGGCGUGGCCUUGCGCUUAUCUCUGCCUUUUCCACAGCUAUGCUAAUUCUGUCCAAUCUGGUGUUUUUGGGAGGAAUUCACAUUGGCCGUGUGUAUUGGGAGAGGGUGUACAUGCAAGGCUGGUCCUCCAUGGCAGUUCCUGUGCUUGGGUGUCUGUACUGUUUUGCGCAGGUUGGACUGGAGAUGGACCGUAAGAAGACGUGAACUGUGUGUGAAUUUUAGCUCGUUAUGAUUGAGUAACAGGUGCAGUGAGACAGGUGGGGUGUGGAAUGGGGGGAUGUCUUGUCAUCGGUCUGGAGUUAUGAGGUCUCAGGCGAUGUUCUUCAGGUGUGACUGUGAUGUGUUCAGAAUGAGUGAUGCAGUGUAACACACACACACCUGUCUCCAGUCCCGCAGAAGAAGGACAUCGUUUUUCCCAAAGGUCUACGACUUUAUUCAAUAAUCUGCUUUAUUUAUCAUAUUACUGCAUUAAUAAUCUCAUCACAAUGUACUGAAGUUUAUAAACUAACUAAAGUUUAACUCUUCAUGUGCUUUAAUGGGUCAGUGCAGAAAACCCGAAACUCUGCAGCACAGUGGACUGAACUUCUUCCAUGUGUAUGAAUAAAGUGCUUGCAUCUGAUCACAUAAACACAUCCG